AUGCUUCAAGCAGAGAUGGAUCCUGCUGCCACCGCUCUGUCACUCGCUGCCACCGCGGCCACAUCUUUUAUCGCUGCGACUGCCCCGCCCGGUCCGGCAUCAUACCUAAGCACCUCCGCAUCGCCGUCACCCUCAUCACACAUGCUGUACUACCAUGGGGCUCCUCCGCCAGACCAGGAUCCAAGCGGCGACGAUGGGGAGUGUAAACUUCUUGGACCGUUCUCUCUGCUUGUCCAGGUAGCUCUGGGUGCACUAGCGCUGCUCUCGUUGGUCUACAAGCGGUGGAGGGAACGGCCCCAGCGGCCACUGAAAGUGUGGGCAUUUGAUGCGUCGAAACAAGUCUUUGGAUCGGGGAUGCUUCAUCUGGCGAAUCUCCUGAUGUCCAUGAUAUCGGCGGGCCAGUUUGAGAUUCGAAUGAUGUACAAGCCGAACCCGUGCUCUUUCUACUUGCUGAAUUUGGGAAUCGACACAACCCUCGGUAUUCCCAUCCUGAUCUUGAUCCUCCGAAUCCUGAACUUCCUAGCCUUCUACACACCCCUCGCCAACCCACCCGAAUCCAUCGAAUCAGGAAACUACGGCCACCCACCCCGAGCACUAUGGUGGCUCAAGCAGUCAAUGAUAUAUUUUAUCGGUCUCCUCGGCAUGAAAUUCUGCGUCUUCUUCCUGAUCAAUCUAUUCCCCUUCAUCGUCAAAGUCGGUGACUGGGCACUAGGCUGGACAGAAGGAAACACCGCAAUCCAGAUCGCUUUUGUCAUGCUCCUCUUCCCUGUCAUCAUGAACGCUAUCCAGUACUACAUCAUCGACCAUUUCAUCAAGAAACCCCUCUCAUACGACAUGUACACCGCACCCGACACAGUUGAUGAUGAAGAAGAUAUUCACCGGCGAGAAGCUCUGCUGGAUGGCCUGGACGAGGCAUACUCCACCGACUCUGAUGACGACGAAGCAAACGGCAAGCCGUCAGUUACCCUAUCUCAACCAAAAGCUACUGCAAAUGCGCUGCAAGAAUCAGAGGAUACUCUCACGGAAGAGUUCUCCCCGGUUCCGCCAUACGAGCCGCCGAGCUCUAGCAGCAGCCGCAACGAACGCGAACGUGACCGCGAUUUGUAA